CUCCCACUAGCAACUUCGUGUCCUUGUGAGUAGCUGGCAGGGACUUCCACCUGAUUUGUUCUCCUUGACCACUGUACCCACUAAAUAGACCAAGAUAAUUACAGACCAAGAUCCUUACAGGGGACACAGAAAAGGAUGAGCUUUCUGAACAAGCACUGACACCAAACACUUUGACAGUGAAGAAAAUCCAGUGGUUCUGUUUCCCGUGACAACUGGGAUUUGGCCAUAAUCCAGAAGACGCAUGGUGAAUGCAGCUGCAAGCCAUUUAGCCAUAUUUCUUGUGACGUUGCUGUGCUUUCAAUGGCUGAGCUGAAGAUCCCUCUUAUUUGCCGGGUGCCAAGAGCUAUGAACAAACAGGGCAAUAGAAGGACGACAAAAGAUGGAUCCAGUGAUUUGAAAUUCCAGAACUUUACUCUGCCGAAAAAUAGGUCGUGGCCGCGGAUCAACAGUGCCACAGGCCAGUACCAGACUAUUAAUGACCCUCUUCUGGAUUAUGAAAGGAACUUCGCUACCGCCUUGGAUGAAGCAGAAGACCACAGGGAUGAUGACUAUGAGAACCCCGAGCUUCCUGUGGACGAGGCAUGGCGAUCCAUGAAAAUUUUGCCAGCCAGGCCAAUUAAGGAAUCAGAAUAUGCAGAUACACGCUAUUUCAAGGGUCUGAUGGACAGUCCCCUUUCCGCAGGUGCCAGCGCCUCUGUCCCCAUGCAGAGCCAAACCAGGGGCACAUGGACGAGGCUGGAGGAAGUGGACAAACCCAUUUCCAAGGACAUCAGAAGCCAGCACAUUAAAGGAGACAAACCCCCAAAGGGAAACAAGACUCCUCUACCACCUCCUCGGCCGCCCAUCACUCUCCCAAAGAAGUACCAGCCCUUGCCCCCCGAGCCGGAGAGCAGCCGCUCACCCUGCUCUCAGAGGGACACCUUCCCCGGAGUCCAGAGAGGGCCCAGACAGAUAAGCUUAAAGGACUUAAAUGAGGUCCUUGGAACAGAGAAAGUUCCUCAUUACCAGAUGAAACCAGAAUCACCUCGCCUGUCACAAAAUCAAGGAAGUCAAGAGAUUCCCCUUGCCACUGCCAGCUCUUCGCUCAUGAUGAGGAACCACAGUGUGCAAAACAGAGAUCAUAAAGAAAGCUUGCAGUGCCACCCUCCACAGAGAAGUCAGUCUCCAGCCAGCUACAGGCCUCUGGAAAAUUCGCUACACUGUAAAAACACAAGCUGGAGAAAACCUUUUCCCACAAGGUCUGAUGAGAAGGAUGUCCAGCACAACGAAUGGUACAUUGGAGAAUACAGUCGCCAGGCUGUAGAAAAGGCAUUAAUGAAGGAGAACAAGGACGGCACUUUCUUGGUUCGGGACUGUUCUGCUAAAUCCAGAGCAGAACCCUAUGUUUUGGUCGUGUUUUAUGGGAACAAAGUUUACAAUGUGAAAAUCCGCUUUCUGGAGAAGAAUCAGCAGUUUGCCCUGGGGACAGGACUCAGAGGAGAUGAGAAGUUCAAUUCAGUAGAAGACAUCAUUGAACACUACAAGUAUUUUCCCAUCAUACUAGUUGACGGGAAAGAUAAAACUGGAAUCCACAAGGAACAAUGCUUCCUGACUCGGCCACUCCCUUUCAGCAGACACCUCUCUCCUUGGUAGCCUGAGCUUGGUUUUAUCUUCAGUUCAGUGCAUCCAGCGCUCCCAUCAUUAUUCAUUUAUUUCAAAAGGUUUUCUGUGGCUUUAAGGGAUUACUUUGCCUUAUAGUAAAGAAAAGCAUUCUGUAAUGAAAAGUGGAAAAUCAAUCAUGGUUUUGAAAGUUCAAACUACAGAAGAAGUAUUUAUAAGAUGCAAAAAUAAAAGCUACCUUUUAAAAAAAAAACAUCUGCUGAAGAACAAACUAUAGGCUUAAUCAUUAUGCUCAGGUGACAGAUGAGCAACAAAGGCUACAAGAAGCUGUUGCUCAAAUGUUCACAGCUAGUUCACGACAGGCCUGUGUAAGAUUCCCAAACCUAUGCUCUUUAGAGGACCUGGCCCUGACUUCCUUUAUUUCAGAAAUGUUUGGACGUGUGAAUUUACAAUGUUUUUGUGAUUCCUUAUGCUAAAGAUAUUGCUGAAUGUUAGCUCCUCUGGACAUUCACUUAUAAGGAAAGAAUGUAGCAGGAAAAUAAGAACACUGGUGAAUAUCACUGGAAAGACAGGAAUCAGAAGGGCUUCAGUGCAGUGUGGAAAGGCCAUAGGACCAGUCUCUUGCACACUCUGUUUAGAGUAGCUUUAAGACAAAUAGAAUUAGCUGAUUCAUAGUAAGGGACUAAGCUUACAUGGAAGUAAAAUGACAAUUUCUUUUAAAAUUCCAGUUGUGGACUUCCAUUCAAAGGAGAAAAGAACUGCCCUCCAAUUAGUACUGUCUUGCAGGAACCUUGCUCCCUUCAUGGUACUGUGCCUUCUUAAGGCCAAGAGGAUCUCAUUUCAUUCCUGUUUUAUAGUACAAAAGAGAAAACAGAGGCUCAAAGAGGUUACUGAUUUUCCUCAAUAUGAGAGUGCAGAUUUUUAUCCACUUUGCCUGGCUCUAUCCAAGUACAUCUUCCCAGGUACACUAUGAGACUGUACAGUCAAGUUGAAAAGCUAAAUUAAAGAGAGACACACAUACAAUUUGAAAAUAGAGAUUAACCCACAUUAAAAUAUAUAAAUAAACUCUUGCAGUGGAAUAAGUUAAGCAAAAAAAAAAAAAAAAGAGUUUUGGGUGAAAUUAAUAUACAUAAUGACUUCAAGUGUUACCAAAGCCCACAUGUGAAAUUUAUGGAGUAUUUAUGUAACUGUAGCUUUAAUGCAGAACUAAAACCAAAA